AUGGGAAGAUUUGCUCUGUCAACUUUCAUGGUUGAGGAAGAGGAGAUUCAGACGAGGAAAAUGGAGGUUCAGGAGAGAGUUCUAGCACAUAUGGGUCGUAUUGAACAAGAAAAUAGGCGUUUGUCCACUGUCCGUGAGGAACUAGAGGCCCUAGCUGAUCCAAGGAAGAAGGAAGUUACACUUGUUCAAAAAAAGAUUGAUGCAGCCAACAAGGAGUUAAAAACCCUAGACAGACCUGUCAGAAGAAGGAGUAUAGAGUUUCUUUGGCAAGAAGGGCAUACUGCUUUUACGAUAAAGGAGGAGGCAGAUACUGAGGCUGCUAAUGUAAAGGAUCAAGAUUCAAAAUGGAAAGAUUUUGGAUCCAUCUUUUCUACUUUGUUACUUGGCACAAGGGCAAAACUGGAACCUCUUGAAGGAUACAUUUUCCUUGAUGGUCUGGAGGUUCGUGUUUCAUUUGGAGGUGUUUGUAAACAGUCCUUAUCAGAACUUAGUGGAGGGCAAAGAUCUCUGUUUGCACUCUCUCUAAUCCGUGCAUUGCUUUGUGCCUCCGAUUCUGCCCCUGUUUUGGUCCCGUUUGGUGCUGCUUCUGUGUGGUUACUUUGGCUGGUUUUGGGUUUCCUUUGUGGUCCAUUUGAGUGGGAACAGUAA